AUGUCUGACUCUGAACCUCAAGAUCUUCACAAAGCGAUCGCUGCGUGGUUUCUCGGCCCUCGCGCUGAGAACAUGCAAGCUUUCAUGACUAUCCUCGGGGAUGUUAUGCAGGCUCAUGCCAAUACUCGCUUGGAGUACUACCCAGAUGACCCGAACUUCAUUGUGGAUUCUAUUCAAACUUCUGAUCAGUAUCGAGCGAGUAUGGCGCAUCUGCGCCGCGAGGUCGAGGGGAUCAGCGCUGCCCUCAACAAAUGGUCCAUCCCAUUCUUCUCGCCGCGCUACGCGGGUCAUAUGUGCAUGGAAAUGUCAUUGCCAUCUAUUUUAGGAUGGAUGGUGACAAUCAUGUUCAAUCCUAACAACGUCGCCUAUGAGGCCAGCCCAUACACAACGCGUCUCGAGCUAUAUGUUGGCAAGCAAUUGUGCAAGAUGCUUGGCUAUCCCGUCCAGCUCCCUCGUGACCCAUGGACGGAUGAUCCAAACGCAAAGGCUAGUGACCCCUGGGGUCAUAUCGCCUGCGACGGUACUGUUGCCAACAUGGAAUCCAUGUGGGCUGCUCGGAACUUGAAGUUUUACCCGCUGUCGUUGCAUGCGGCGAUGUCGGACGAUGGACCCCUAGCGUGGAUCGCCGACGACUUCACCAUCCGAACUGCCACGAAACCAUAUGAGGAUCAGCUCUUCAUCAACCUCGACGAAUGGGACCUCCUCAAUCUUCCGCCCAACGAGGUUCUCGGCAUCAGCGAGCGACUGAACGCUUCAUACGGAAUAUCAGCCACAUACCUGGCCAAGAUUCUGUCGCCGUACUUGGUGCAGACGAGCGGCAAGGACGUCCUCAUGCAGAAAUACAAGAUCACCCAGGAGCCGCAGUACCUGGCCGCGGCCACCAGACAUUACUCCUGGCCGAAGGCUGCCGCCUUGAUCGGAAUCGGCUCGGAGAACUGUGUUCCAAUUGCGGUCGAUAAUAACGCUCGUGCCGACCUGGACGAUUUGACAAGGAUCCUGGAGGAAAGGCUCGCCCGCAAGCAAGCCGUAUACGCCGUCGUCGCUAUCAUUGGCUCCACCGAAGAAGGCUGCGUCGACCCUCUGGACCGCAUCCUCAAGCUCCGCGAUGACUUCGCCGCGCGGGGGCUCACCUUCAUCGUCCAUGCCGACGCUGCAUGGGGUGGCUACUUCGCGAGCAUGAUCCGCGAACCGCACGACGUCCUCAAGAUGCCGGCCGGAAUGCCGCCGCCCGACUUCGACUAUGUGCCCAGCGUCUCGCUCCGGAAAAGCACCACGGACCAGUUUAAGGCGCUGGCCAAGGCGGAUUCGAUUACCAUCGACCCUCAUAAGGCGGGAUACAUCCCGUAUCCAGCUGGCGGGCUCUGCUAUCGCGAUGGACGAAUGCGGUUCCUGCUCACCUGGACGGCGCCGUAUCUGCAGCAAAGCAAGCAGGGCGAGAGCAUCGGUAUCUACGGAAUUGAGGGCAGCAAACCGGGCGCUCCGGCGGCCUCCUGCUACAUUCACCAUCAGGUUGUGGGUCUUCACAAGGAAGGUCAUGGCGCGUUGCUUGGCGAGGUGUCGUUCACCUGUCGGAGGUUCUCUGCGCAUUGGGCCGCGAUGUCGGACAAAUCGACGGAUUACAUUGUCGUCCCGUUCAACCCGCUCGUUCACGAUGGAGACGAGGAUAAGAUGGAACAGGAGAAGAGAUUCAUCCGCGAACGGAUCCUCGGGAAGACGAACAGGCAGAUCGUCGCGGACCGGGAGGCGAUGGACGAGCUCUGCGCGCUUGGCUCGGACCUGAACAUUAACGCGUUCACCUGCAAUUUCAGGAUCAAUGGGAAGGUCAACGAGGACGUCGAGGAGGCCAACUAUCUAAACAAGCGGAUUUUCGAUCGUCUGAGCGUGACGGAGCUGGAGAAAGAUCCAAGGGACGUGCCGCUUUUCCUUAGCUCCACUGUCUUCGGGCAGGAAGAGUAUGGGCAAUGCGCCAGACAUUUCCAGAAACGCCUUGGACUGGAGACGGAGUCGAAGCAGGACUUAUACGUCUUGCGUAACGUGGUUAUGUCACCUUUCCCCACCGGCGGUGAUUUCGUCGACCGCGUUAUCGCGGAUGUGUUCAUCGAAGUCCUCAAAGAGGAAGUUCAGCGCGUGGUGAAGAGGAACACGGUGGUUCCCGCUGUUCAUCAGUUCGUCCUCCAGGGCAAGAACAAGCUCUACCUCGUUUAUUGCCCUCAGUUCUAUCACGCCAACGGUCGCUCUCAGCUCAUCCUCAGCGGCACCAUCGACUCCGACGCCUUCAUGCAAGAGUAUCGCAAAGUCAGAGACCUUCACCCUGGAAACGCGUUCACCAUAAAGACCGCGGACGCGGUCGUCCUCGAGGAUGUGCUGAAGGCCGGAGAGUUCAACGCGAAAGUUAAUGGCCCUGUGAUCUGGGGCGUUGAGUUCCGGGUCAUCAACCUUCAAAUCGUCAAAGAUCGCAGCCUCUUGUCCAAAUACCGCGACACGACCUACCCGGUCGAUAGUACGCCUUUUUACCUCUACGGAACUACGACAGAGCACCAUAUCGACCAUAUGCUUUUACGUGCCCCCAACACCCAAAUCUCGUCGGGCCUGGUCACCCUGGACGUUCGGCCGCCUCUUACCGCAGACCAGCUAUCGCGUGGCGUCAUCGCGAAGGUGAAACGAUCCGAAUUGGCCAUGCAGCCUUUCGGCGCGGAGACCGACCCGAAAGCGAUCUUCGCUCCGGCCACGGAGUUCAAGGUUGUCGUGUACCACGAUAAGCAUGAGCCGAUCGCUCACGGACCGAACCUCGCCAACGUCGACGGAGAGAAGGUGCUUGCGGAAGGUACGAUCAAACUCGGUAACUCGGUGUGGGUUGACACGGACGGCCCGAACGCGGAGGAUACCUCGGAUCCGUCGAAGCAGGCCAACAAAGCGUUGGAGCACAAGGUGCUGAAGAAGUGGCGCGAAAUAUACGCGGAGCUCUAG